AUGAGCUAUCGGUCGGCGAGGGAGGAUAGGGAGAAACAUGUUCGAUACUCUUUCCAUGACAAGCCAUCUAUGAGAUCUUCAGAACAGAGCGAUGGGCGGCAUCGUUCAAAGCACGAUGAGAGAGAGCGAAGUCACGGGAUGCAGAUCGGGAGGUCGUUGAGUGCUUCUGAUGUUGACAACAUGGCCUCGGGCUCUAAGCAUAAAGAUUCAAAUUCAGAGUCCAGCUGGACUUUGUCACCCCAACCAGCCCCCAGCACUGAGAGCAGACGGGAAGAGGCAGAGCCGACGAGAACUUGGGUGAGAAAGUCAGCCUUUGCUCGCUCUUCCUCCCUGUCCGGCUCCUCCUUCAGCCGUUCUGCCAUGCAAGCCAAGGCCAAGGCUGAUGAGACGUACACCUUCCCCGGCAUGGCAGUCACUCGCCCAAACCGAACUACAUCCGCACACAGCUCGGAGAGCGAAGGAGCAAGCAGAAACGAGACAUUGAAUGCGAUGCAUGAAGAGGUGUAUUGGCCCUAUUACAACUGCUUCUGUGAACUGCAAGAUGUUGAGUUGGACAAGCUCAAGUCUGACUCGCUUGAAUUUCGAGAUUUCUUGCUGUCGAAGCCUGGCGGGAAGUAUUCAGUCAAUGCUGGGAUACUUCGUCAUGGACGGGCAGACAAUCAAGAGCAAGACGUGAUUGUGGUUGGCAGGGAAGGCAAACCCGUUCGGCUAGUUGACAUCAGAGAUGUUUGCGUCCAAAUCCAGAAGAUUCCUUUCGUCUCCAAGGUCACAUAUUCCAGGCCGAGAUUGAAGUUUGACGAGGAGGCAAGGAGCGUCAGGAUCAAGUUCUCUCAUCGCGAUCUCUUCUCAAGGUCUGAAAGUCUGGUGGCCGUGCCGAGGACCACUUCCAGCUUCUCCAGCGACAACACGAAAAUCAUCAGAACAAGAAGUUAUACCCCAUCCAUCUCUCGAACUCGCAGCAGCGAGGAAGAGAUACAGGCAAAGUCGGAGGAGUUUGAAAGCACCCGAGAGCAGUACGCAACAGCGAUGGAGAUAUUUCAAACUCUGAAGGAGUCAUAUGACCUUCAAAGGAAGCAGAAAAUCGAAGAUCUGGAAGAUCUGAGACUGGAGGUCGAGGAGGCAAGGGCCCAUCUGCAGCGGCUCAAACGCGCUCUUGUGAGGAAGGGCAUAUCAUGCAGACAGAUGGUGGAAGGAGUUGAGCACCGCCGACUGCCGCAGCUUCAGCUCCUUCUCGCGCACAAGAUGAGCUUGCAAGUCUCUUUGAGAUGGCCAAGGCUGGUGGUCACAUUGUCGAGACGAGACAUUGAAGUGAGGACUGAGCUCGCACUCAGUCAAAGCGACGACACAGCAUUGGAACUUGCUAUGAUGUAUUUCUCGAGCAGCUACUUUAACCAAACAGAACCAACGACACAGCAAUGCUGA